AUGGAUAAAUAUAAAAUUGGAAAGGUAUUAGGAGAUGGAACCUUUGGGUCAGUCUAUAAAGCAGUAGAUGAAACAACUGGUUAAAUUGUUGCUAUUAAGAAAAUGAAGCACAAAUAUAACAAAUGGGAUGAAUGCAUAAAUCUUCCGGAAAUCAAAUCGCUGUUGAAAUUGCAUCAUCCGAACAUAGUGAAAUUAUACGAGAUUAUUAAGCAGAACGAUGAAUUGCAUUUUGUAUUUGAAUUUAUGGAACGCAAUGUCUAUCAUCUAAUGAAAGAUAGAUAAAAGCCAUUUAACGAGAUUCAUAUUCGGAAUAUCAUAUAUUAAACCUUACAGGGACUGGCAUACAUGCAUAAAAUAGGUUACUUCCACAGAGAUUUAAAACCAGAAAAUUUGUUAGAGUCGAAUGGCACGAUAAAAAUAGCGGAUUUUGGAUUGGCAAGAGACAUCAGGUCUUCUCCUCCAUUCACAGAUUACGUUUCUACAAGAUGGUAUAGAGCUCCAGAAGUAAUUUUGAGAUCUAAUGAAUACAACUCUCCUAUUGACAUCUUUGCAAUAGGUUGUAUAAUGGCUGAGUUAUACAGAUUAUGGCCUCUCUUUCCUGGCACUUGUGAUACGGAUUAAUUGCAAAAGAUCUGCGAAAUCAUGGGAACACCUUCAGAAUAGGAUUGGCCAGAUGGUUAUAAAUUAGCUGCUAAAAUACAACACCGUUUUCCUAAGAACAUUUAACCAAAACCAUUGUCAUAAGUCAUUACUUAAGCUAGUGAUGAUGCUCUUGAUUUAAUUUCUUAGAUGCUUCGCUACAAUCCUCUGAAACGACCGAAUGCAAGUUAGGCUCUGGCUCAUCGUUAUUUUAUUGUUGCCCUUCCCAUCCUUCCCUCUUUGGAUAAUAUUGAACAAUAGCAGGAUUAAGAUUACACCAACUUUUAAUAGGAUGAUUAAUAACAAGAUUAGCGAUUUGGACCUCAGAAUCAAUAAAAUAUCUCUCUGUUUUAUAUGAAAAAUGCUAGAUAUAAACCUGGGUAUACUUGUAUAUUAGAGAAUGCUGAAGAUAAUUGA